GGCACUUAUCCAACAAGGCCCAUAGUCCCCGCGGCGGCGCACGGACCGACCCAAAGGCGCUCGGACGCUCCUCCAGAGCGCAGCAGGGAGCAUGGCGGCCCCCGAGGAGGCCUCCGAAGAAGACGGAGUAGAGACCGAGGCGGGCGGCGGGGCCUUGCCUUCGCUGAACGUCUCCGUAGAGGUUCCCGCCGAAGUCGGGGCCGCCAGCGAGGCCUCCGCCAAGGUCGAGGGCGCGGCCGAGCUCGACGACGACGGCGCCGCCAAGGUCGAGUGUGCGGCCGAGGUGGACGCCGCCACCAAGGCUCCCGCCGAGGGCGGGGUCGCCGCCAAGGUCCCCCACAGGGUCAAUUUCGCCCCCGACGUCCCCACCGAGGUCAGCGUAGCCAUCGAGGUCCCCGUCAAGGUCGACGGCGCCGCCGAGGUCUCCAGCAUGGUCCGCGUGGCCCCCGAGGUUCCCACCGAGGUCCGCGUGGCCACCAAGGUUCCCACCGAGGUCCGCGUGGCCACCAAGGUUCCCACCGAGGUCCGCUUGGCCACCGAGGUCCCAGCCGAGGGCGACGCCGCCGCCGCCGCCGAGAUCGGGGCCGCGACGGAGGUCGUCGGGGUCACGGCCCAGGUCGCGUUCCCGGCGGAAGACGAGGACUCCGUCUCGAACCAGCUGACCCCCUACCACACCCACUGGGUGGGACACUCCAAGAACCUGGUGGAACUCGCGCAGCAGGUGCAGAAGGCGGACGAAUUCAUCGAAGCCAAUGCCACCAACAAGCUGAUAGUGAUCGCUCAGCAAAUCAGCCACCUGCAAACCCAGGCCAGCAAGAUACUGGAAGACGCCCAAAGGGACGCCGAGCUGCACCAUGCCGCUUGCAACAUGGUGAAGAAGCCUGGAAACAUCUACUACCUCUACAAGCGGGACAACGGGCAGAAAUACUUCUCCAUUAUUUCGCCAAAGGAGUGGGGGCCGAGCUGUCCCCAUGACUUUCUCGGCGCCUACAAGCUCCAGCACGAUCUCUCCUGGACUCCCUUCGACAACAUCGAGAAACAAGAGGCCGAAAUCGGCAUCGUGGACAAGUUUCUGAGCCAGCAGAUGGCCCUGCCCCAGUGCACAGAGCCCAACUUCCAGGGCCUCACCUAGCCGUCACCGACAAUGCCGAACAGGACGUGGGCCUGGCUCCUCGGGUCUCCUUAGCUUCCCUGCGUCCUGCUUUAUAGGAGUUGUGAGAGGUGAUGCACGCCUGAGUACCUUGGAUGGAGAUUCAUUCCCCCUGUGUGAAUUGAAGUAUAUUUAUCAACUCCGUUUGGGGCCGCACACUCCCUGCUAAAGAGAAUCCCCAACUAAACACACAUGGACCAGUAACCAUUACACCUCCCAACUCACCCAAACAGACAGAAUCCGUCACGGUAGCUGAACUUUAUAGGAACUUCAUAGUACAGAGAAGAAAUGUCACUUCUUUAAAAAGGUUGUAGACUGCUGUUUAUACAUAGAGGAAUCUGUACCGCGACCCCUUUUUAACUCAGGAUGUUUAGGAAUGGGACUAGGGUCAAGCGAAGGACUGGCUCUUCUGUUUCUAUAAGUGAUUCUACCCUGUUCCAGAGAACUUUAGGCUCAGAAUCAUCAAGGUCUCAGGAAUAAUAAUGUGGCUCACCAAAAAAGUGAUUCUAAUUUUCUUAACAAAGGACUGUCUGCUCUGCAUUUUCCCUAGCUCCUCUAGCCUCUCUCUUUUUUUUGGCUGGAGAAUUGAUACAAAUGCAAGAGAGAAGAGUAGUGGUUGUCUCUUUAAUUCCUUGCCUUCAGCUCCUAUAUCAGUUUUAGGAUCAUAGAUUUAGAGAUGGAAGGGACCUUCAGAAGUCAUUGAAUACAUCCCCCUUCUUUUACAAAUGAGGGAAGAGACUGAGGGUUCCAUAGCGGUUAAGUAUCUGAGGAAGUACUUGAAAACACUUCCCUCGUGAAGCCAUUCUGCUUCAUGAAUGAAGAUAGGCGAACUGAUUUUAGCCAGGUGUGGGGCAAAAGUCCAGGGCUAAACCAGGAUAUCAGUAACAAGAGUCCAUUUAAAUGGCGAUUUCCAAAUGUUAUGAAAGGGAGAGAUGAAACAAUACUAUGGGAAUGAAAACUUUGAAGCUCUGUUUGCACAAAAUUUAUUUAUUUUUUCAUAGAACUCAAAAAAUUUAAUCUCCUGACCUUGUGUGUUUUGAGCUCGUUAGAUUGAAAGCUUGGAGGGAUCUAAGAGAUCAUAUAGUCCUCUUAUAUAAGAAAACUAAGGCUAGUAGUUAAUUAGGUGACUAGACUAAUAUCACAUAAGUAACAAAGCCACUAUUCUAACCCAGAUCCUUUGACUUCUAAUUCAGUACUUUUGUACUGAAUUAGAAGAGCAGUUAUAUGAGUAAUUCAGACAAACUGUGAUGUAAUAAUGAUGUUUCCAGUCCACCCCUGUUCAAAUUCUACCCUUGGCCCAGGGCCACACAGAAAUAAUUAAUCAUGGGUUUCACUAGAACAACGAGCAGGUAAUCAUACUCUGUAAUCACAUCAUCAGGUUACUACAUGAUGGUUACUUCAAAACAUAGCACAGAAAUUAGUCAAUAAGAAAGCACCAAGAGGAUGCAGAAUAGAAUAUUGGGCUGCAAACUUCAAUAACUCUUUCCCCAGGCAUGGUGCCUGGGCAGUUCCCCCUUUGUUGUCCUUGGGUGAACUUAGGCUAAUUAUAAUAGCAUUACCAUAAAUUAAUACUACUCCCUUACCCCCAAGCAAGUGGGCUUUUCUGUAUGCAUUCUGGAUAUCCACAUGUGCAGUUACAUCAUGGCUUUAGGACCUCCCCAUAUUAGUCAACUAUAACCUCAAGAUUUGCAUAUCUUGGGAUAUAAUCAGCAAUACUUACCCUAUAAAAAUCUUUGUCAUGCUUUACUGGGCUGCUGACUUCUUCAGGGACGUUGGCCCACCGACUGAAAGUGUAAAUCUCAUUAAAAUGUCUUGGUUUGGGUUGGAAA